AUGGCGGGAAACGAUCGUGGAGGCGCUCCGAUGCCGAGCUUUUCCUUAGACUCGAUCGAUCAUUUGAGACGUGUUGCAGAAAACCACCUCAAAGAGAUCGAUGAAGAAAGACAGCAAGAACAAAAAGAGGAAAUGCAGAGGACACAAGAUCUAGAGCACUACGCGAAGCACAGGAAGCGGGGAAAGGAAGACAAGCCGAUUAUGCCCAGCGAGGUGCCAGUGCCAAAGAUGAGAUCAGCUCAAGAUGUCUUGAAUCGACUUCAGUGGGAUGCUAGUCUCGACAUGUCACAGUAUCUUAUUGGAUAUCUCGAACGAUUUGCCGGUAUCAAAGAAAUACCAGCAAGUCAAUGGAUCUCCGAGACUACCGAGGAGGAAUGGAUCCCUCAGCAUCGCAUCAAAUACUUCAAACGGCUCUGUCAGAACGGAGAUGAUGAGAUUGUCUGGCAUCGCGAGAAACGGAUCGACAAGAUCUUUAGCAGCGGCUUGACGUCGACGAAUGCGGAGGAGAGUGAUAAGGUGGAUGUUCGUUCUGAAGAUGGCGGCGUAAGCUUGUUGCCAUGA